AUGGCUGAGCCGGCGCAACCUGAAGUAUCGGGCGGCGCACCCUGUCUCGAGGGCCUCGAGGGCCUCGACUUUACUCUGCCGCCCGAAUUGACGAACACGAAACGACCGUACGAUGUCGAGGGCGAACCACAUCAAGACUCCGAGACCAAGAGGCUGAAAACUGAGGAGGACCAAACUGCGGACCAGCCCGAGGAUGACAACUCACUGGAAGAUGGGCUGGCGCUUCUCGUGCAAAACGCCCUGUCUAAUGUCGGCGAUCUUGUGCCGCAAUUCAAUGCGACAAACGACGGCCAUUCUGGUGACCCCAUGGACAUUGACGCCGCUGCGCUGCUUGAAAGCAUUACGCCGUCGCCGACAUUCUUUGCCGACCCUCUGAAAUACGUCCGCAAUGUGCAAGCCCAUACAUUGGGAAAUCUAUCAUUUACCAUUCUCUACUCCCUUGUUCACCACCAACCUAUAGACGACGUAAUCCGAGCGCUACGAGACGCGGAUUCAGAUCACGGGCGGACUUUUCGCCGUCUUCAAGAUUCACUAGAGAGCAUAUGGAAGCUCUUUACCGACAAUUCUAUAAUGUCUGCCGAGGACAUUAGCGUCGAUAGCAACGCCGACACUUUACUCGAGAUGGCAAACCUGGCCAAGUUGUGCGGCUGGAUUGUUCAAGGGAGCGCCGAGUCUUACUCAAUAGCCGACUCGAAACUUUUAACAAUUUUCAAUUGCGAAGUCUCGGAUUUACCUAUUGAUGCCACCGAACUGUACCUUGGAAUCAAGACGCAAAACUGCAUACAGCAACUAAUCAGCAAGGCCGAUGAGCAGCAGGCCGAGCAAUUGGUCACUCAGGCCCUCACAGAAGGCCUCGGAGACAAAUUGAAAGCUCAACAUCCGGGGGACGAGUUGCACAAUGCCGAUCAAGCUUUCAUUGCUCUAGCGACAGUUCGCAAGGACGACCUAAUAGCUGAGACCAAAGAAAAGAUUGACGCAGAUGCGUUGAAGAAAAGAUACCCUGCUGAUGGAUUAUUACGGACCUUUGCCACAUAUGCAAAGACUCGAUUAGCAGCAGUGUCCGAUAUCGGUAGUGCUUAUGGUGUUCAAAUGCACUUGGAAGUCGACACUUUGGAGUCAGUUACAUUUGGCGAUCUUGGUGGCAGUGCAGACAUCGACCUUGACGAUCUUUCUUCCUUCUUUGAGAAGACUGCCUCUGGCCUCGUGCAGGACGCGCUUGCAGGCCUCACAGAAGUUGAAGCGGCCCCUUUGAUUGUCAUCGAUGCUCCUGACAACAAUGACAAUGCUACGAGUAGCGCCAACGAUACCAAUGGCAAACUCGGUACAAAUGGCAAUGGCACGAAUGGCACAAACGGCACAGACAGCGCAGACGGUACAGAGAAGCCAGCGGUCACCACCGGCACUAGCACUGGCACCGGCACUACUCCUGCUACAGGCAAGAUUGAUUUGAUGACUGACUACAAGGAGCUCGAGGCACUGGUUGCAGAAAGCACAUCCAACUAUGUCAAGACUACUCUGAACGGAUUGUCGCCAGUGCCAUAUCAACCAACCGUUCCCACAAGCACGAGUGAGAGCAUGGCGUCACAGCUGCCUUUUCUUAGUCAUCUGAAUCAGCAACACGGACAGCAUUACUUUAAUUAUUCUCAGCCGAUGGUGCAGGAACCGCCACCGCCACAGCCUGUAUCCGGUGAGAAUUUGCCUCCAAAUCAGACGUGUCCGAGCGCCAUGCUAUAUGAUAAAGCUCGCCAAGCUGCACUUUCAAAGUCAUCUGCGCAUACGAGGCGAGAAGGUCUCCAUUCCACUCGUCGACCUUGGACGCAGGAAGAAGAAAAGGCGCUCAUGGCUGGCCUUGACAUGGUCAAAGGACCUCACUGGAGCCAGAUACUCACUUUGUUUGGCCAAAGUGGCACAAUAUCGGAUAUACUGAAGGAUCGGACGCAGGUGCAGCUCAAGGACAAGGCGCGUAACUUGAAGCUUUUUUUUCUAAAGACCAACUCAGAGAUGCCAUAUUACCUUCAGGCUGUUACGGGUGAACUCAAAACUCGAGCACCUACCCAGGCUGCCCGAAAAGAGGCCGAGGAGCGGGCGAGGAUGAACUCAGAAGAAGAUCAGGCCAAACUCCAAGGAAUCAUGGCGCUCGCAGGCGGGUUGCAGCAUCUCCCUCACGGGCGUCCCGGAGCGGCUGGUGUUGGUUCCGGCGUUGUCACACCUGCACAAGCAGCCAGCGCCGCUCAAGCUGCUCAAGGCCGAGGGACGCCUGGUCUAUCAAAUAUUCCAAGAACUGUCGCCGCAACUAUUGCACAAGCGCGGCAAAACCUGCACCCCGCAACACAACAAACUCUGCAGUCCAUGUCCCAGCAGAGUCCUCCGCGACCGCAAGGCCAGGCGCAGCUCCCUCCCCAUGUUCCCCGACCUCAACCUCAGCAGCCUCAGCAUCACCUUCCGCAGCAGCCUGCUCAGCAGCGUCCUCAUCCCAUUGCUCCGCACCAGGUACCGCAACCGCAACAACAACCCCAGCAGCAGCACCAGCAACCGCAACCGCAACAGCAACAGCAACCGCAACCGCAGCAGCAACCGCAACCACAGCAGCAACCGCAGCAGCAACCGCAGCAGCAACCGCAGCAGCAACCGCAACAGCAACCGCAACCGCAACCGCAACAACCGAAGCCGAUGGUUCAGCACCUACCACACCAGCCUGCCGUGCCGCCUCCUCAUCCAAUCACCCUACCGACGACUACAUCCGCGCAACAUUCCACGACUCACACGCCAAGCGCAACCGCUUCCCCAGCGCCCCUACACAACUCAAAUCCUCAUACCCCGGUGCAGCAGCGAACACCACAAAAUGCACAAGACAACUCCGUUUCGGCACCCUUGGAGCCACCACAGCCAGAGGAGCCUCUGUCGAAAGAAGCCCAGCAGGAGGCAGAGAAUGCCGCCGAGGCUGCUCUGCUAGAAGGGUUGCAGGCAGCUGUUGCUGAAGCCUUGGGCUAA